UUUGAACUGUAGGACGUCCCGCUCUCGCAGGACGCUCCACUUAUUUUAAGGACAGUCCUUCUCUGUGUUUCCCUUUGCUCACUCUCGCUUGCUCUCUGCUCCACUCGCAUGUUCGUCUGUACGAAAACCCUACUCUGUUCUCCGGGCUGCCAUUGAAGGUCUGGGAGCUUGGAUGGCAGAGUAAGGUUUUAGUAAACUGCCUUUCAGUUUAAAGACACUAUUGCUCUUCAACAAAGUUUGUGAAUAUGAAGAAAGGGAAUAUUGCUGGUUUUGGUGAGCAUACUAUUCGUAUGACACGAGCUCGUGCCGCAGCCUAUCAUGCAUCUAAUGGAGUGCUUUCCUUGAAACCCUCCAAGAAAGAGGAUCAGAAACGGGUUCUACGAGCAAAUUCAAAAAGGGCAGCCUUGGAUGAGAACAAAACUACUGCUCUUGUCACUGUAUGUCUUCAGCAUAAAAGGAGGGCAGUGCUUAAGGAUGUUACUAAUACAUGUUCUGAAAAUUCAUAUAUGAACUGCAUAAAUGCAGUUAAUACUCAGAAUAAGAAUUCCAAGCAGGGUAAAAGAGGUCCUGUCAGGAAAGAUUCAAAGGUGCACCCUGCUUUUGCUAUAGAAAACUCUGUGGUUUUAGAGGAUGUAAAGACAAGGAUGGCUGAGGUGGAAGAGAAAACAGGGGCUAUUGAAUCACAGGAAGUAAUGCUUUCGGUAGAAUUGGAAGAAAAUGUGUUAAUUCAACCAAGUAUGGAGAGUGUUGUAAUGGAAAGUGGUGUAUAUGAUCAUGAGAUUGAGAAACAGAUCUCUAGAAAGCCUUCACAACUCCAAAGUCCUUCAGGCAAAGACAAGCAUAAUCUUUGCAAGCAUCUAGGAACUUCAAAUUGUGUAGACAUUAUGGACAUUGAUUGUGACUUUAAAGAUCCUCAAUUGUGCAGCCUCUAUGCCCCUGAUAUCUAUAGUAAUUUACUUGUUGCAGAGCUCAUCCGACAACCUUGCUCUGAUUUUAUGGAAACAGUACAACGAGAUAUCACCCAGAGCAUGCGAGGGAUUCUGGUUGAUUGGCUUGUGGAGGUUUCUGAGGAAUAUAAACUGGUUUCAGAUACACUUUACCUUACUGUGUAUCUCAUUGAUCGGUUUCUUUCUCAAAAUUACAUUGAAAGACAAAGACUUCAAUUGCUUGGCAUUACCUGCAUGCUAAUUGCCUCGAAGUAUGAAGAAAUAUGUGCACCUCGUGUAGAAGAAUUCUGCUUAAUCACAGACAACACUUACCCAAAAACUGAGGUGCUGAAAAUGGAGAGUCAAGUAUUGAACUACUUGGGCUUCCAACUAUCAACACCUACCAUACAAACAUUUCUUAGGAGAUUCCUUCGAGCAGCACAAGCUGCUAACAAGGAACCUAGCCUUGAACUGGAGUUCUUGGCCAAUUAUCUGGCAGAACUAACUCUGGUUGAGUAUGCAUUCUUGAAGUUCCGUCCUUCCCUCAUAGCAGCAUCUGCUGUAUUUCUUGCCAGAUGGGCACUGGAUCAGUCAUGCCACCCAUGGAACCCGACACUAGAGUACUAUACCACUUACAAGGCAUCAGACCUGAAAGAUACAGUUCUGGAACUACAAGAUUUGCAAAUGAACACCAAAGAUUGCCCACUGCAUGCUAUACGAGAAAAGUAUAGGCAAAAUAAGUUUAAGUGCGUGGCAACCAUGUCAUCUCCAAAACAACCACUCGAAAGUCUCUUCUAAAGAUCAAAGAUAACAGUGCUAACUCCUCAUUUCUCCAGACUGUUAACAUACGGUUAUCAACUGGAAGUCUCCUCUGGAUAUCAAUAUUUCUCCAUUGUGGGUGUGAAACCUGAGAUCUAAUGUUAAUUUCUAUUUGCCAUUUAGGGUGUGAAGUCUCCUCUUUCUUUUCUGUUUAUUGUUGUCGUAGCCUGUCAUUGUAUUGUUGAAUUUUGGGGAGCAAGGGAUACCCGAGGUCACAAGUUGAGAAAGCCCAGGGACUAAUUUAUUUCAAACAUCUCUCCCAUGUAAAGUCACAUGACAGCUGCUGAGAUCAAUUUUUUGGUUGUAACAAUGAAUGUAACAUGUUGAUGAUAACUUCUUGUAUCCAAAACCUGAUUUAAUUUUCUAUAAAGAUUUUUGUUUUUUGUUUUUGUA